UUGACAAGCAUGGUGGCGGACAAGAAGACGCAGCGACACUGGCGCGUGCUGCGCGAGGCCUUGCUGCGCUCAACGUCCAGCGGCGCGGUGAAUGGCGCGACGGCGUCCUCCAUCUCCACCGAGUUCUUCCCGCUCUUCGCCGAGUGCGCAGUGGACGCGACGCGAGUGCGGAUCCACUCGCCCGCGCAGGAAAACUUCGUCUGGGUGGCCUACGAUCUGCCCCCAGCAGCCGGCGCAGAAGGCUCGAAGAUCUACGUGCACGAGAAGUGCAAGGACGUGAAGCGCGUGUCCAUCGCGGAGCUGCUGAGCCACCAGGUGAACCGCGGCGUGGACAACACGGGCAACAUCCGCACGUGGCCGUCCGAGCAGAUCCUGCUGUCCUACAUGCUCAAGAGCGGCGUGUGCUCUCAAGUUCAACGGCGAGACGCUAGUGGCAAACCACUGCCUGUUGCUUGCUGCGAGCUGGGCAGCGGCAUGGCCGGACUCGCCAGCUUGGGGCUGCUGGCGCGUCCUCCCGUGGAUCUACGUCGUGUCGUGGUGACGGACGGCAACCCGCUGUCGGUGAAGAACCUGCAGCUCUGCGUCGAAGAGAACAGGAAGCAGCAGGUCUUCGCUGCCCGCAGCCAAGACACAGACAUCACGGCGGAGCUGCUGCGCUGGGACCGGGACGCCAAGCUGCGCGAGGACCUGCAGCAGCAGUUCGACCUCGUGUUCGCCAGCGACUGCCUGUUCUUCGAGGAGUUCCACGAGGACCUGGCCCACACCGUCAAGAGUCUGCUGCGUCCUGGCUCGGGGCGCUGUCUGCUGCUGCAGCCGAGCCGCAACGGCUCCAUGGAGCGCUUCUGCGCCAUCGCCGCGCGCCACGGCUUCGCCGUCCACAAGUCGGAGGACUACGACCCGGAGAUCGUCCGCCAGCACGCCGCCUACCAGCAAACCCGCGCCGACUACGUGCCCGACGUGCACUUCCCCGUCCUCCUAAGUCUCUCGCGCUCGUAA